AUGCGCAAUGAUGGCGGACAAAAAAACCAAAGUCGACGCCCCAUCCCAUUUCCUAUAUCAUGGAGGGCGUGGUCCAUUAUUGCAUUAUUAUUAACUGCGCACAUCUGUUCUGCUCACAACGCAUAUAAUCUUGGGCUCGUUCCCGGACAAGGGCACAUUUACACCUUGCGAGACCCUUUCAAGAUGGCUCCCUCUCCCUCUCACUCGACCGGUUCACUCUCAACCGCACCCACUGAAUGUUCCACCGAACGAGACGCUGCGCAAGUUCCCACGCAGAGUGAAAAGACAAUGGAAGACCUCGAGCAACAACCUACAAGUCAAACUCACCAUCACCACAGACAUAAACAUGGAGUGCCCCACUGGAGGAUAGUCGCCAGUCAGACACUUAUAACCGAUGACGUGCUGAAUCACGAGUAUCGCGGUUCUGGCACCGAGGACGAUCCCUAUGUCGUCGAAUUCAUCCCCAACGACCCUCGCAAUCCCAUGGAAUUCUCGCAAUUGAAGAAAUGGUUCAUUACCAUGACUGUCGCCAUUGCCACUCUUGCAGUAGCUUUCGUCUCCUCCUCUUAUUCGGGAAGUGCAAGAGAAGUCAUCCAGGAAUUCCAUAUUAGCCAGGAGGUCUAUACACUUGGAAUAUCGUUAUUCGUGCUAGGCUUUGCUCUCGGCCCUCUUUUGUGGGCUCCUCUGUCAGAACUAUACGGCCGACAACUGCUGUUCUUUGGCACCUACGCCGCUCUCACGGCAUUCAAUGCAGGGGCGGCUGGUGCGAACUCAGCCACCACGCUGAUCGUUCUUCGGUUUUUUGCGGGAACAUUUGGAUCCUCCCCCUUGACAAAUGCCGGCGGUGUCAUCGCUGACAUGUUUGCUGCAAAUGAGAGAGGUAUCGGAAUGUCCAUUUUCGCGGCUGCACCUUUCCUCGGCCCAGUCAUAGGCCCCAUUGUGGGAGGCUUUGUUGGUGAGACCAUUGGUUGGCGGUGGAACGAAGGGAUCAUGGCCUGCUUCACAGGGGCUCUCUGGAUAUUCGGCGCCCUGACCAUUCCGGAAACGUAUUCACCUGUCAUACUCCGGAAACGGGCGAGCCUCUUGUCGCAAAGAACCGGCAAGGUGUACGUUUCCGUCUUGGAGCUGAAACAAGGCAAGACGACACCCAAAGCCGCGUUCCAAAAAUCCAUGGCAAGGCCGUGGGCUCUUCUCUUCCUUGAGCCCAUUGUGUUGUUAAUCUCCAUCUUCAUGGCGAUAAUCUACGGUACUCUAUACAUGCUAUUCGGGGCCUUUCCCAUUGUGUAUCAGCAAGGACGUGGCUGGUCACCCGGUAUUGGCGGCCUUGCAUUCUGUGGAGUGGCAGUCGGUAUGCUGGCCGGUGUGGCCUACAGCAUCUACGACAACAAGCGAUACGCCAGGAUCGAAGGAGAAAACGACGGAGAGGCUCCUCCGGAAGCUCGUCUUCCGCCAGCUGCGAUCGGCGCAGCCGCUUUGCCGAUCGGGCUGUUCUGGUUUGCCUGGACAAAUUCGCCUUCCAUUCACUGGAUCGUCAGCAUCAUCGCGACAGCCCCCUUCGGCUUCGGAAUGGUGUUGGUGUUUUUGGGAUGCAUGAACUAUCUCAUCGAUGCCUACACCAUUUACGCUGCCUCGGUACUGGCGGCGAAUUCGGUUCUGCGAUCGCUGUUCGGUGCAGCAUUCCCCUUGUUCACUACCUACAUGUACCAGAAUCUCGGCAUCCACUGGGCAUCCUCGAUACCCGCCUUCCUCGCCCUGGUUUGUGCACCCUUCCCGUUCGUCUUCUAUAGAUACGGCAAGCCCAUCAGGUUGAAGUGCAAGUAUGCCGGUCAGGCACACGCCAUCAUGGUCCAAAUGCGCGAACAGGAGAAACGACUGAAGGAAGAAGAGGAGCGAGAGGCUGCCAUGGAAAGUGACAGUGAUGAUACUGGAAGCAAUGAGAUCGGCCAGGUGGAAACUCGGCAUAGUAUUGCCAGUCUCAGACCGAGUCUCCUAAACAUGGUCCGCACGGGCUCGCGGGCUUCGAGGGCAUCGCGAGCCUCACGCCCGACCCGAGCUUCGUCCAACGCAUCUCGCGCCGGGCGGACGGCCAAGAUGGAGGACUUUGGCCGGGUAUACAGCCAUGCCAGCCAUCAUCACUUUUAA